GCUUAUUAGUGGGCCACAGGGUGUUUCUACAUCUGUGUGCUCAGUGUUGAAGAGUGCAGUACCUUUAAUAAAUAUAUUUUAAAAAAGAGAUGGUUAAACGUGUUGCUGAAAACUGAGGAUGAAGGAGCCGAUUUGGGUUUUUGCUGCGAUUUUCUUCUUGGUGUGUGAAACGUGGACUCAGGACACAGUCAUCUCAUCUUUCAAUGUGGGAAGUGAAGUCAAGCUGAACUGCAGUGACAAGUCAUGGCGGGAGAUGAUGUACGUCAUCUGGAACUUGGAGCUGCUACACAAACAGUGCAAGAUCGCCGACACAGUCGACGGCCAAUCUGAAAAUACCUGCAACGACGGCAAGACCCUGCGGAACACCUCUCAGGCUCAGCAAUAUCUGCACAUCCCACACUUCUCCAGUGACGACGUGGGACUAUACAAGUGUGAAGUGGCUUUCAAGGGAGGGUCCGAAACCUGCAACAUCAGCGUGUCCAUCACAGUUCCUCCUAAAAUGUCCUCCUGGUUGGAGUGGCGUGCUGACAACACAAUGGCGGCUGUGUGUAAAGCGGAGGGAGGAAAGCCGGCCGCCAAGAUAACAUGGAGCCACGCUGGGAACCUCUCAUCCGUGGAGAAGCAGCAGAGUUUCGAUGGCUUCUUCUCGGUGGAAAGUCACCUGGAGUUCCCCAAGGGCGUGAAGAAUGUGGAAAAUGUGACCUGCAUCAUCAGCCAUCCGUUCUGGCAGUCAGAGAAAACGUUGCUACCAAAGCACGCAAAAGGUCUGCCUUAUAAUGUGAUGCUCAUCCUCAUAGUUGGGACAGUCUUAAUAGUUCUGGCCGCCAUCUUAGUCUUUGCACACAAGAAACUAAUCAUACUGAGGGGUUUGCCUGGCGACUGCUCGACUAAGAAAACUCAGCCGAUGGAAGAUGUAGAGGAAAUAGAACCUUACGCCAGCUAUGUACAACGUGUCAACUCAAUCUAUAACUACUGAACACAGCGGGACUCAAUGACCUCUUGUGCUACAUUAUGUGUAUAUACAUACAUAGACAUAGUAUACAGUAUAUACCAUACAUAUAUAUAAAUAUAUAUAUAUAUAUAUAUAUAUUUUUUUUUUUUUAUAUAUCAACUGAAAGAAAGUGUACCAUGACCAUUCUGAUUGGUCAGGUUGAGAAAACUAAAACCUUGAGAACCCAUGCAGUCACGGGGAGAAAAUGGAAACUCCACACAGAAAGAUCCCGAGCCCGGGAUUGAACCCAGGACUGCUCAGGACCUUCGUAUUGUGAGGCAUAUGCACUAACCCCUGUUCCACCGUGCUGCCGCCAAGGCACAUGUAACAACAUAUUAACAUUGCUGUAUGUAUACU